CUCUCUCUCUCUCUUCUCUUUUAGUAUUAUGUUGUAUUGUGGAAUGUAACUCUGCUGUAACUGAGAAUCACUUCGAUUAAUUCACUGUUAGAAACUAAUUAUUGAUGAUCUCAUCAACCGAUUUUGUUGGUUCAGCGUAGAGAUUUAUCAUAUGUACAGAUAUUUUUCUGAAAGGGCAUGGAGGAGUUGAUUGCUGAGAAAUAACUUGAAAACUGUUUUAAAGAUAAAGUAAGAUAAUAAUAUAUGAAUACUUAGUGAUCAUUUUUUAUUUAGUUCGGUUUUUAUUCAUAAAAAACAACUAAACCAAAACCGGUCGGUUCCAAACCGACCGGUUUCGAAACAGUUUUUGAUGCCCAAAACCGAAAAAACCUAUAUGCUUGUUUUGGGUUUUUUCUGGCUUCGUAAUGGGUUUUAUAAUGGGCUUUUAAUGGAUUUUUGAUGGGCUUGCAAUUAAUGUUGAUAUUAUCUAAUUUUCUUUGAAGAUUCCAAAGUAUAUUUAAUUUUUUAACCACUAAAUAUUCAUUUGUAUUAAAUUGUUAUUGCCAAUCUUGUGUUUAUUAAGUUUUUUGGCCACUGAAUAUUUAUUUAUAUUAAAUUAUUAAUGUCAAUCUUGUGUUCAAUAUAUUUUUUACCUUGCUUAAGAAAAGUUUAAAUAACACAUAGUCACACACUAAUAGGUUAAAAUUCAAAUUACAAACCAUUGCCUUAAAGGCCUUAAAAAAAACAACAAAUAACAUUAUCAUAAAACACUCCAAGCAAAAAAAAAUAAAUCUUCAUUUGCUCAUCGUCUCAAUUAAAAAGCACAUAAAAACAUUGCACUUUGAUUCCUGAAAUUCAUAAUUUAGAAUUAUAACAUGAUAAAUUAAAUUAGAAGAUAUAAAAAUAAAAAAUAGUAUUUUUAUCGUACGUUUUCAAUAAAUGCAUCAUAAUUUGUGAACUAAUUAUCAUCCGUUGCUAGAUGCAACUUUCCACCAAAUUCUACAAAAUAAAAAAUUAAACAUGUUAGAAUAAAAAUGUGUUAAUUAAUAAAUCAUAAAAUAAAAGGUGUAAGUUUUUAAGAAACAUUACAUGAUUCAAGGUUUUCGUAGGUUUCAAAAUCAUUCAUCAAGGUUCUAUUAUCAGUUGGAAUUGGUCCAUGAUGCAAUCAAUUUUGACAACAAAUAAGUGCUUGAAUUGUUGCUGGAGAUAGAGAACUUCAAAAUUGGUCGAGUAUAUGACCGCUUGUGCUAAAGGCUGAUUCGGAAGCCACUAUGGAUAUAGGAAUAGCCAGAACAUCUUGUGCAACUUUCAAAAGUAUGAUAAUCAUAACCUAUUGCCUUAAGAGUUCCCACACUUCGAUCUCCUGAUUCACCCCCUGCUUUAUUAGGUUCUAAUACCAAAAUUUUUUGCUUCUUAUCAACCACAAAAGAGAACUUUUUGCAUACUUUUAAAUGACUCCACAUAUUACUUGUCCGAUUAAUAAUAGUAUGACAUGCAUAAUCAUUUCCACAAUAAUUACAUUAAGCUCUAGGGGUUGUAGGAUCACCAUCAAGUUUUAUAAAAUGAUCCCAAAUUUUUGAUUUUUUUUUUAUCAUCAACAUUUCUUUUCCUUGAUGUAAGGACUUGAAGUUGUUUACCUUUAUUAUCCGUGACGGAUCCUACAAUAGUUGAUGUUGGGUUAGUGUUUGAAGCUGGGGCAUUGGUUGAUGUUGGGGUAGUGCUAGUGGAUGAAGCAUUUUGAUGUUAAAGGUUUUUCAUCUAUAAUUACCAAAUACAAACAUGUUAAUAUUUAUGCAUGUUGGAAUAUGCAGUAUAUAUCAAUGAUGCAACAGCCAACAACUACCGAUAAAAGAACCCAAAAAAUAGCAAGAAGAAGUAAUAGAUAUAGCUAGGCUGAAAUUAAACUGCACAAACCAGAAGAAAUAAUAGACAGUCAACGGGACUUGAAAAAAAGAUUUAAAAACACGUUCUAAACUUAAAAACAAACACACUAUAGAAACCGUUGGUUAAUAACAGAAAUAAAAAGGUUAGCCCGCUUCGGAGGCAAAAUCGUAAAUUCAUUAGACAAUAAAUAGAAUUCGUACACGAACGAGAACUUAAUUUAUGUUAAAUGGGUUCACACUCGUUCAAAGAGGAGAGGAGAUCCCAACUCAGUUCCCAUCACUCCACAUAAAUCAAAAGAAAAUUAAAAACAAAAUAAAGAAUUAAAAGGGUAAAAGGGAGAGGUUAUUAUUUUUAUUUAUUUAUUUAUAAAAUCUAAUUGGAAUAUAUUUCUUAUACUAUAGGUUUCUUCUUUUUCUUCUUCAUUUACUUAUCUCAUUCUCUCUCACACAUUACCUCCAUAACUCAUGCGAGAUAUUUUUUUGAUAUUUUUCUUUCAAAAUAAAGAAACCUUUUUUUUUCUUUUCUUUUCGGGGUUUGAUGAUUUGUGUUGAGGAAUGAAAAUUUAAGUUGUUUAUCUAUUUAUUAAUUAGGGGUUAGUUUUGAUUGUUGCUUUUAAGUGGAAACUGAAAUUACUGAUACAAUUACAUAAAAAGAAAACGCUUUAUUAUUGCUUCAUAGAAACUGUGCUGUGAAUCUGUGAUGCCAGACCACAACAACAGGCAGGUUAAGAGCAAUGCAUGGUUCUAUUCAUAGUCCUUUAAGCCAUCCCCUAAAUGAACAGAAAGAUAUGUACCCAGUGCCUGAUUUAGUCCAAAAAAUAGUCAACUGUGGCAAAAAUAAAAGAGGCCAUGAACCACAGCAUACCCAGUAAAACAAAUUUGUAACCCAACUUUUGCGAAACUAAAUAAUACUAAGAAUUUGAAUUGAGAGAAGGAUCAAACAUGAAUAGUUUACUGUGUUUCUUAUCAGUUCAAGCUGUGACUCAAACAAAGAUGCAAGCACUAAAUCAAAAUAUAUACAUUCCUUUCAGUGCUCAAGAAUAAAAACCCAAUUAAAACAAGCACAAACAACUGUUGUAUAGUGUAUACUGUAUAGAACUGAUUUUUGAGCAUUCAAAACAGCAACUCAGACAUCUAGGAUUACUAGGCAAAUCAUUUUUUCUAUACUAUUCUGAGACAACUAAAGUGAAAAAUACAAAUGGUUAUCUUAUAAAUGGAUUUUUGAGCAUUCAAAACAGCAACUGUAUCUUUGACCUCUGCAUUGAAAAAAAAAGCAAAUACAAUAAAUUAAAUAGAUGAUAAAGCUAGGCAAAAUACGAGCAGCCAUUAGUUAGUUAAUUAAUUAAUUAAAAAGAAAAAUUAAAAUUAAAACUCACUACUAUAGAACGGAUUCAAUAGAGGAGUAGUGGAGACUGUGAAGUAUCAUGUGAUCUUGCGUAGAUGAACAGGAAAGGCCAACUAGAUAGUGGAUAGGUUAUAAAAAACAUCGAUCAGUGUUUUGAGAGGCUUGAUUGGUUUUAAAUUUCAAUUGAUUGGCGUGUCUGGUUGUUUUGGAUCUCUAUGUUUCUAAGUCUAAGGAGAGGGAGAGGUUGAGAGGCAAGAGGGGGCGGGUGCCGGUAGCUAGGCUUACUGGGCAAAUCAAGCGAAUGAUCUCUGUGUUUCUAAGUGAUGAUGGAAACACAAACUGUUUUGGAUCUCUGUGUUUAUAUUUUCUAACUCUAAGGAGACUAGAGAGGAAGAGGCGAGAGGGGGCGGGUGCUCUGGUACUAGGGUUAGCGGAGAGGCGAGAGGCAAAAUUUUCUAUUUAUACUAUAAUACUUUUUUUUUGAACCGGUUCGGUUCGGGUUAACCGGUCUCUGUAUUGCAAAACCAAAAACCAAACCAAACCGGGAUUUUUUCUAAAUAUUCUAAUUGGUUUAAUCGGGUUUAUUUAGUUCGAUUUUUUCAAUUAAUGUUUUUUCGGUUUUCUUAAUCACCCCUAUAAAUACUUGAGCUUAUUGGUGUGCUGUCGAUCUUGAACUCUCGACAUCAAUCCUGCAACUCCUUUUUUUUAAAAAAAAGAUAAAGGAUCUUGGUCUACUCAAGAGCCCUGACUUUAAGAAAUUGCAAAAAAGUUGUUAAAGGAAUACAUGCAGUAAUACCAACCACGAAGCAAAAGAUUUGAGAGAAAAGAGAGAGACAGAAAUGAUGUCAAUAGCCAUCAACUUCUCCUAUUAAUUAGAUUUUUCUAACUUGAUUCUUACUUCAGGAUGUCAAUAGCCAUCAACUUGUGGAGUUUAUUUUCUAACUUUUUUCUUACUUCACCAUGUCAAUAGCCAUCAAUUCAAUAGCACCAAAAUUAGUGAUUAUAUUCAACAUCCAAGUCUUGAUCAAAAUAAAACCAAAAAAGUCCUCACGCGGAAACAUUCCAUACCAUAGAGAGAGUGGACUUGUGGGGAUGACUUGUCUUAAAUUUACAAUCCACCCUUUCUCUCUCAAUUUUGAGCAAAUUAAAAAAAAAAAAAAAAGGUCCAAACGCGAAAUGGCCCCUACCACAGAGACUUUAAGGUUGAUUUAAAAGCAGAAAUUAAAUUGAUGAACUGAUAAGAGAACAUCAGCGAAGGGAAAGUGAAGAUUGCAGAUCUUUGAAAAGUCUUAUCUUUGCUAGACUCGAAAUGGCUGCGGGGAAGUAUAAAGAAUCCUACUCUUCACGGUUUCCUAAUUGUAAAUAUCAAGUGUUCUUGAGUUUUAGAGGUGAAGACACCCGCAAGAACUUCACCGAUCACCUCUACACGACCCUGGUUCAAGCAGGGAUUCACACAUUUAGAGAUGAUAAUGAAAUUCGGAGAGGAGAGAAUAUAGAUUUCGAGCUCCAGAAGGCAAUACAACAAUCAAAAAUAUCGAUAAUCGUGUUCUCCAAAAACUAUGCUUGGUCCAGAUGGUGCCUCGAUGAACUCGUAAUGAUCAUGGAACGUAGGAGGACUACCGGCUCCAUAGUUUUCCCAGUUUUCUAUGAUGUGCUUCCAUCUGAAGUCAGAAAUCAAACAGGGAGCUUCGCUGCAGCGUUUGUGGAACAAGAAAAGCGCUUCAAGGAGGAGAUGGAGCGGGUGAACGGGUGGAGGAUUGCUUUGAAGGAAGUUGCAGAUUUAGCUGGAAUGGUUUUAGGAGAUGGGUACGAGGCACAGUUUGUCCAAUCUAUUGUGGAGAAUGUCUUAAAGAAUUUGGAUCCAAAAAUAUUUCAUGUCCCCCUUCAUUUCAUUGGAAGAGGUCCUCUGGUACAAUAUAUCAACUCAUGGUUGCAAGAUGGAACCCAUGGUGCUGCCAUUGCUUUACUCUAUGGAAUUGGUGGAGUUGGAAAGACAGCCAUAGCUAAGAGUGUUUUUAACCAGAACUAUUAUACAUUUGAAGGGAAGAGCUUUCUAUCAAAUUUUAGGUCAAAGGAUAUAGUUUGCCUACAGAGGCAACUUCUUUUCGACAUCCUAAACAAGACUGUUGAGAUAAAUGAUCCUGAUGAAGGAAUUCUGAAGAUUAAGGAUGCAUUAUGUUGCAGAAGAACUCUUAUUGUUCUAGAUGAUGUGGACAAAAGGGACCAAUUCAAUAAAAUCAUUGUCAUGCAAAAUUGGCUUUGUAAAGGAAGUAAAAUCAUUGUAACAACCAGAAAUAAGGGUCUGUUUUCAGGUAAUGAUAUUGAGUGGGUCCGAUGCAAAAUUGAACCGCUAGAUGAUGAAAAAUCACUUGAGCUUUUCAGUUGGAAUGCCUUUGGACAAGCUGACCCUAUUGAUGGUUUUGUGGAAGACUCUUGGAGAAUAGUACAUCAUUGUAAUGGAGUUCCAUUAGCUCUUGGAGUUAUUGGCUCUUCAUUGUUCGGAAAAGGAAGAGGAAUAUGGGAAAGCGCAUUACAACAAAUGGAAGUGAUUCUUAAUUUUGAAGUUCAAAAGGUUCUUCGAAUAAGUUACGACUUUCUUGAUGGUGAUUAUCCGAAGAACUUAUUCCUUGAUAUCGCAUGUUUCUUCAAUGGAAUGGAUGUGGAUGAUGCAGUUAGGAUACUGGAUGGGCUCGAUAAAGGUGCAAGAUUUGGGAUUGACAAUCUCAUCGAUAGAUGUCUUGUUGAAAUCAACAGUGAUCAAAGGUUGUGGAUGCAUCAACUCGUAAGAGAUAUGGGUAGGGAAAUUGCUCGUCAAGAAUCACCCAAAUGUCAAAGAAUAUGGCAUCACGAGGAUGCUUUUACAGUUUUAAAAGGAACUACUGAUGCUCAAAAAUUACGUGGCCUUACCAUUGAUAUGCAUGCAUUAAUGGAAGAUCAUUAUGCAGAAGUUGUCUGUACUGAUUCAAUGGUUUGUCGCAAGCGCCGCAGGCUUAACAUCUUUCAACAAUGGCUUUCCGAUUUUUCCGAUGGGGGAAAAUUACAAACUGGCCAAACAAGUUUGUUUCCCAUCCUCAGCACGGAUGCUUUUAGAAAGAUGCUAGAUGUAAAAUUUCUCCAACUAAACUACACUAAUUUUCAUGGAAGUUUUGAGCACUUUCCCAAGAAUUUGAUAUGGUUAUGUUGGCAUGGAUUGUCUUGGAGCUCCAUACCAAAUCACAUAUGCUUGGAGAAGCUGGUGGUUCUUGAUCUAUCCAGAAGCUGUCUAGUUGAUGCUUGGAAGGGCAAACCGUUUCUUCCAAAAUUGAAAAUUCUUGAUCUCCGUCACUCUCGUGAUCUCAUUAGAACCCCAGACUUCUCGGGUCUCCCAGCCCUUGAAAAGCUAAUACUUGAAGACUGCAUCCGUUUGGUUCAAAUUCACGAAUCUAUUGGUGAUUUACAAAGAUUGUUGAUCUUAAAUCUAAGAAAUUGUACAAGUCUUAUGGAGCUUCCAGAAGAAAUGAGUAGAUUGAAUUCACUUCAAGAGCUGGUUUUAGAUGGUUGUUCAAAUCUUAACAGCCUGAAUAUGGAGUUAGAGCAUCAUCAGGGGCGCAAGUUGCUUCAAAGUGAUGGAAUUGUUGCAAGUACAUCAUUCAUUUCAUCUCUUCCAUUGAAGCUAUUCUUUCCCUCUAGGUUUUCAACGAGGAAAAUGUUGAGAUUUACCUUGUUUUCACUGCCACGCUUCUUGGAGAGUCUAGAUUUAAGUGGAACUCCAAUUCGUUUUCUUCCAGAAAGCAUCAAGGAUCUUGGUCUGCUCAGAGCCCUAUAUUUAAGAAAUUGCAAAAUGCUUCAGGCACUCCCAGAGUUUCCAUCCCAUUUGAAUUCGUUAGAUGUGUCUUUUUGCUAUUCACUGCCAAGAUAUAAAAAUCUAAGCAGUUGGACUGAAAGAGAUGGUUGUGCUCACUUAGUCGAGUUCCAAGAUGGGAUAAAGCUAGAAUUAAUCCAAAAGUUUGACUCACACAUGUUCAGAAUCAUGGAAACGGUUAGUGCUCAAAUACAGCCAUCGAGAUUUCAGAUGACAGUUAUAGAUGGCAUAUUCAACGUUGUCGCAUAUGGAUUUGAUGAAGAUGAGGAGUUAAGGGGGUUUUAUGAGGAGGAGGAAGAGGAUAAAUGGGUAAUUCAGAAUGAGUUUACAGAUAACUUUUCAUUCAAAAUAUCCUCACCUCCUCCUACGCACCGGAUAUGUGGCUUUAAUCUGUUCACAAGGUUUUGUAUGACAUCAGGGUACAGUAGCCAUGAAAAACUUGGUAUUGAAAUCAGAAACAAUACCAGUGGCCAGUCCUUGCGUCGUCAAGCCCAUGUCUUAGAUAUGCGUUUCGAGGAUGAGGUUCGUGGAAUCCAAUCGGUAUGCCACUGGAAAUUAGGGGGCGAUGAUCCUACAUUUGAUAAUGGUGAUGACGUGACAAUUUCAGUGGUUGUCACGUCAGCUAUUCAAAUAAGGACCGUUGGUGUACAAUGGUUGCAUGAAGAGGAAGGAAAGGAUGAUGAUGAUAUCCAAUCAAAGGAUGAAGUUAUCAAUGCCCACAACAGUAGCGAUGAUGAUGAUGAUGCACACGUAGCCAAAGUAGAAAUAGCUUCUCGUAUUUUUAGAAAUUAUUACUGUGCUUUCCGUGUAGAAUUUAAUGGGGGCGAUUUCGCUUGGUGGCUUUUUGCAAAGAAAGGUCUUGAACUUGUAUUAAUUUAGGAUUCAUUCAGUAGAGUUCUGUGUUUUUAGAUUUCAAGCAUAAAUAAAAUAAAAUAAAGCUUGAAAGCUUUUGAGAGAA